UGUCUAAACAGGAAUACAUUCUGAUGAGAAAGAAGUAACAUGGAGCAACACUGGCUGACAGUUUGUGCACUGAUUUUAGCAUUCAGUGCAUUUAUGCACCAUGGAAUAGCUUUUACUGCAAAAGGAAAAGCCAAGCCAGGAGUGUGUCCUUAUGGACAAUUCGGAACGUGUCGUGGAAUAUGCUACACUGACAGUGACUGUCCCAAUGAUGAGAAAUGCUGCCCCAAUGAAUGUGGACAUGAGUGCAUUGCACCAUACAAAGUGAAGCCGGGUAUCUGUCCCGCUCCCGAUGGAAUCACUGUGUGUGCAUUUUUGUGCUAUCAUGAUGGACAGUGUCCAGGACACCAGAAGUGCUGCGUGACGUCUUGUGGCUUCGAUUGCCGCGAUCUACUCUUUGAAAGAAGUAACAUGGAGCAACACUGGCUGACACUUUGUGCAUUGAUUUUAGCACUCGGUGCAUUUAUGCACCAUGGAAUAGCUUUUACUGCAGAAGCAGACGCCAAGCCAGGAGUGUGUUCUCAUAUACAAAUAGAACCGUGUGGUGAAUUCUGCUCCACUGACUGGAACUGUCCCGAUGAUAUGAAGUGCUGCUCCAAUGGAUGUGGACAUGUGUGCACUGCACCAUACAAAGCCAAGCCAGGAAGGUGUCCUUAUGGACAAUUCGGAACGUGUCGUGGAAUAUGCUACACUGACAGUGACUGUCCCGAUGAUGAGAAAUGCUGCCCCAAUGAAUGUGGACAUGAGUGCAUUGCACCAUACAAAGUGAAGCCGGGUCUCUGUCCCGCUCCCGAUGGAAUCACUGUGUGUGCUUUUUUGUGCCAUCAUGAUGGACAGUGUCCAAGAGACCAGAAGUGCUGCAAGACGUCUUGUGGCUUCGAUUGCCGCGAUCCACUCUUUGAAAACUAGGCUACAAAAACGGAAACGUAUCAUAGUGUCACUUCUUCCUUUACAAGUUUUAAUUCAUGGAAGCAGUUUGGUAAAAUAUUUGAUCACGAUUUUCACAAAGUGAAAAUAUUUGGGGCAGACAAUAAAUUGUUCUCCAUUAAUAUUGUUAUGAUGGCAUUUUAUGUGCCUGUACUUUAAAUACUUACCACAAAAGAAAUUACUCUAAAUAUGGAACUAUAAAAUAACCUGCAGGAUGGAUAUAACUGGCAGUGUACCAUUCAGUCUGUAGACCUAAAGAUUGUUGAUUAGUUUAACGCUUGACUUUGAUUCGAAUACAGUUUUGGUCCGUAUUCCUGUUACACUAUUGACAGUGUAUAAUCUAAAUGGAUGAAAACAUGCUGUACUUGUUCAUCAGAUGCUUGUUGCCGAGGACCAAUUUGUGCUUCAACCAAUAAACAUGUUUACAGAACAUAGAUAUGUCUCAAAUAUUUAUCACUGUGCUGUUUUUUUUUAGUCUAAAAGUUGCUAUUAAGGUUUUUUUAGGCUAUCUUGGUGGGAAAAAUAAGUGAAAUAUGCCAAAUGGAUAAUGCUUACUGGCAGAAAACAAGACUACUUAAAGAAGUGGCCAUGAGCGUUUGUUGCUCAAAGAGAGGUCUGUGUGACAUAGCCGGUUAUGUCACACAGACCUGUGUGAUCUGUUCUCUGGCUGUGCAUAUCCUGCACGGUGAGAUAACAUAGUUUGCAGUGAACAAGAUGUGACCAAAUACAUGGAAUGAGACUUUGCUUUUAUUUUUGUUCCAUAUUGUUGCCAGACGUGCAGGGGUGAGAUGACCGGCCAAACAGAAAGCUUUGGGUAUGUUUUUCUCAGAGUUUUCCAGAAGUGGGGCCAAGUAUGUUUUCACAAAACUGUGGCCACUCACUGGGAAGUAAUACAGCUUCAGCUCUG